AUGGAGGCCACAGACAGUGGAAGAGCCAGGCCACACAGCAGCUCUCAGGAGCAAGAAGGACAAGAACCUCACGGGCUGUGCUUUGACCUCGAGGAGCCCCUCACCUCUAGGAAGCAGUGUCUGGGGGCCCAACCAAUGGGGAGAGAAGAAGUGGGAGAAGGCCCACCCCUGCAAGAUGUUAAGAUAAUGCUCAACUCCAUAGAACGGUAUCAAGCUCAUGUCAGUGGCUGCAAACACAAGAACCAGUCACCAAAAGCAAUGGCAUCACACCUGAGCCAGAUUCCAAUGCAAAGGCAGGCAGGCCAUUGA